CUAGUUGCAAGCAUGAGUUCCAUCUUCAGUGCAUUCUUGAAUGGUGUCAGAGAAGUUCCCAGUGCCCCAUGUGUUGGCAACCUAUCAGCCUGAAGGAUCCUACCAGCCAGGAAUUGCUUGAGGCUGUAGAGCAGGAGAGAAGCUUUAGUUUUAAUACGUCUAGAAAUGCUACCAUAUUUCAUCAUCCAACUCUGGGAGAUUUUGAGUUGCAGCAUUUGCCAGUGGGUGCAAAUGAUGCCGAACUUGAAGAGCGUAUAAUCCAGCACUUAGCUGCAGCUGCUGCAAUGGGGCGAGCACGCCACAUUGCUAGAAGGGAAGGCCAUAGGAAUAGAUCAUCAGCUCAUGGUCGUCCACAGUUCUUAGUGUUUUCAGCUCAUCCUAAUUCAGCUCCGGCCGGUUCUGUCUCUUCAUCUCCUAUUCAGAGAGAAGAAGGUGAACCAGCUCCUACAGCUACUCCCUCAUCUCCUCCGACUGCGGCUGAAGAUUCUUCACAAUCAAAUGUACAACUGCUUUCAGUUCAAGGUGACCAUGGUUCAGCUUCACCAUCUGGGUCAAAUGCUCCUUCUCCCAAUCAGCAUGGCAAUACCUUAAAUAAUAGUUUGGAUCAAAUUGCGAUCAUACAUUUAUUAUCAUCUUUUAGGAGCUCUCCUAAUCAAUCUUCCCCAAAUAAUCAAGAUAGAGCAGGACCAUCAGAGUUCCAAUCAUUUUCAGAGUCUCUUAAAUCUCGAUUUAAUGCAGUUUCAAUGAGGUACAAGGAGUCUAUUUCAAAGAGUACAAGAGGGUGGAAAGAAAGAUUUUUUUCUCGCAACAAUACAAUGGCAGAUCUUGGUUCUGAAGUUAAGAGGGAGGUUAAUGCUGGAAUUGCUACAGUAUCACGCAUGAUGGAGCGUCUAGAAACCAGAGACAAUGGUAGAACUGACACUGCCUCUGUAUCAAACAGUCCAAAUAGCUCAGUUCCGGAGUCAAACAACCACCAAACAUCUGGGAGUCCGGUCAAUAAUCCCGUGAAUGAUAAUAAUGGCCAAACUUCAUGUGCUGCUGGUUCUGGUUCAAAUUAAAAAUAGUUCCGACAAUUCCAUCAGCACAAGGCAUUUUAUUCUGAAAGGUAAUUCAAAUUCUUUCUUCAUUUGGACAAAUGCAUAUAUCUUCGUUUCACUAUAUUGUAAAUUUCAAUAUGUGUGAACCAGUUUGCUUGCGAUUAGAAUUCUCUUUUGUUUAAUAUCUUUCUUUUUGUUAAAAUUUAUUUAUUAAUUUUUUUUGGUUCCUUCCUCAAACUGAAUGUUACACGUUAUUAUCAUCUGUCAAAAGUUGGAAAUAUUGAUUGAGAAAAGAUAAAUAUUUCGUGAAACUUGACAUAUUGUCUUAUGGGUGUGAAAACUCUAUCCUUCUCUUGUGAGCAUUUCCUAGAUGUCUUCUGUUUUGUAAUAUUCCCCCACUCUUUUGGCAAAAGUAUAGGCUCCUCCUCUUUAAGUAAUGAUGGGUUUUUAUAGUGUCAUGAUGUUUCUUAUUUAUCGUAGGGUUAUCAACGAAAAGCCAGAAAAUUUAGAAGUUUGGUCUCCUAGUUCUUGCAAAUAUGAACAACUUCAGUGGAUGAAUGUCGCCUUUUCCCUGAGUGGGAAAGCUAAGAGUUAACAGUACAAGGAAUAUGAUAAAAUUUUCUUUGGUGAAUGUGUGCCAAUUCUGGGGUUCAUUACAUUAUUACUGAAUACUGAAUCAUUUAUCUUUC